CCUAGCUAAGGUACCUACAUAAGAGGCAACUGGGGGCUCGCCAGACUGAACGUUCUGGAAGGCAGGCGACUCUACUUCUUGUGAACUUCUGACAUUUCUCAGCUGCCUUGACUUGGAUCGCGCCGCCUUGUCCCAGUACAACUUCAUCAUCUCUCGACCGAAUCCUCCCCACCCCGUUCUAGCCGUCACACCUUGACCUGAUUGUCGAAGGAGUACCCCGCCAAACAUGUUCCCAACCUUCUCGGGGAACUCUCGAAAGCCGCGGAACGUCAACCUUAGCGGCCAGAAGAACAUCAAUCCUUUCGCCGCCAGUCCCUGGGCCGCGGGGUCUUCUUCCGGCCCUUCCAAGACCAUUGCAGAUGCCCAAGCCGAGCGUCGGCAGCGACAGCAAGAGAGAGAUCGCAAGCAUGCUGCGGGCCAGAUACAGAAGGCAUGGAGGGGUCACAUGGCACGCCGAACCCUGGGAGAGUCUCGCCGCCAGGAGUUCGGACGACUAUAUAGCUCGGACUUGGGGCUGGAUCCGCAGGAGAGGUUGCUCCGUGGGAUUCCCUUGCUUUUAGCUGCCUUCGAAGCCUCUCGCCCCGACGAUCUCGACAUGCUCGACCUGGUCGUCCAUGGUCUCCUCGAAACCUCGUUCGCCCCGUUUUCCUCGGGACAGAUACACCCGACAAGACUAAAUAAGCUGAGCAGAAUACUUCUCACAGCCUUGGACAGCCACGAUUUGGAACCCACGAGUGCUCGAUGCCAGUCCUACAUAACGACGUUAGAUCAGAUUGUCAGGAGAAGGGCGCAGUCGGUUGAGACUAUUAUGGCUCUAUACUAUAAGUGUCUCGGGAAAUAUUGCCGCCAUGACGGCGCAGGCAGCCAGUUCCGAGAUGUCCUCCUGAGUGCGGUGAUUUCGCCGCUACAGGGAGCUCAUACAGAGUGUACGCCAUGCCAUAUGCCCAUGCCCCAGGACAGCCUAGGUAGAAUCUGCCUGCUGUCUUCAAGGAGCCCAACUAAUCAGUCUCUAGGCGGAGGAGUUAGGAGCCUAGCGUACGAGGAGUUUGUAAAGUCCUUCUUGACCCAGCAAGGCAUCUUAGUAUUUGAGCAGAACGUCGGUUUGAUAUCGGCGCAGAUCGAUAUCCUUCGGCUGUCCACAACUAUAAUCGAGGCGCUCUCCCAAAGCCCCAACGUCACAGAGAGUAAGGAAGACCGACUGUGGCUGCUAGCUCACUUCGUUGCAUUGCAGAGGGCAAAAAACCAAGAGCCUUUCCACCCGCUCAUUCUCAGGGCAUUGACCGUGCAGCUUUCUACCUUGUCGAACCAAAUCAGCUCGGCCUUCGGCACGCAGAAGCUACGGGGUUUAGGCAGCACGGGGGUAUCUGGCAGGGCUUCCUAUUCGACUCUAUCUCCUUAUGUCGUCGGUGAACUCGGCACUUUGGUCGACAAAGAUGGAAUCUCUGGGCUACUCGAGAGGUUCACAUCGGACCACAGCGGGACAUCGGAGGCGGACAAUGAUGCGAGUCUUCUAGCCGGUUAUACCCUCACCCUUAUACGAUGCUUUCCGGAUCAUGGGGAUGACAUUCGUAUGCGUCUCUACUGGGCAGACAUCUCGGUAUCGUCGAGUAGGCUACCUGCUGUCAAGUUCUUUUGGAAUGCGAUAAGCAAGACUUCCAUCUUCUCUGCCAUAGUGUCCAGUCAGGACUCAGCCUUGGAACUCCUGCUCCGUGGGAAAUCCCAGGGUACUUCUCCCGAGCAUGGGGAAGACUCGAAAUGGAACCGAGAAUGGCGGACCAUCCUCCUAUUCCUGGAACUCUAUGUCUUUCUUCUAAGACUUACCGAUGAUGAAGACUUCUUCGGCGUCCUAACUGCGUCUCCCCAUCACGAUCAGUCGACAUCUCGAGUUCGGUUGAGUGGCUUGGCGCAGGGGGAUUUGAAGCGCUUAACAACAUUCCUGAAGCACCUCGGAUUCACGCUCUACUACAACGCCGCCGAACUCUUGCAAGGUGGACCGGGAAAACAUAACCUCUCGGGAAGCGUGAAUGGCUUCCUGGCGUCGCCAACCACAGGAACUCAAAAACCCAGCACAUCCCCAGUUAUUGCUGGAAUCGACUACGGCGCAUUCAAGAGCAUAGUCACAACCGCCAUGCGGAUGCUUUAUGAGCGAGAUUCUCGACAGGCAUUCGUUCCGCCGGGCCAUUGGCUCAUGACCUCCAAGUUCGACAUGGAGGCUUUCUUGUCUGCCGUGGUAUUGGAGGAGCAAAGACAGCACGAGCUCGGCGAGUACGACGAGGACGAGGACGACGAGGACAAUGAGGAUGACGAAGACGGCGAGGAUGGUGAUGUAGAGUAUGAUACCCGCGUCUUCCACCGUCCAUCUCAAAGACAGUCGCGAUACGCUCAGAUGGAGAAGUUCCGCCAGCAGCAGCAGAAGGCCGCUCGAGAGCGGACGAUGGCGGCAAUCGGUCCGAAGUUGGAGAUCUUGCGCAACAUGCCAUUCGUCAUCCCCUUUGAGACCAGAGUACAAAUAUUUCGGCAGUUUGUCCACCUCGACAAGGAACGGAGAAGAGGAGGGAACAUCGAUCCCGACAGAUGGAGAAUGUGGGUCCUGGAUCAACAUGGCAAUGCCUUCGACCAAAACGGACCGGGGAGAGAGGUACUGGGACGGCACCAUGCUCAGAUCAAGAGAGGCCAAGUCUUCCAGGACGCCUUGGACGUGUUUUAUGAGCUCGGCGAUGGCUUGAAGGAACCGAUUCAAAUCACCUUUGUUGAUCAAUUUGACACGGUCGAGGCCGGCAUAGACGGCGGUGGGGUGACCAAGGAGUUCCUUACCAGUGUGACAAAGGAGGCCUUCACAGGUGAACAGUCCCUGUUCGUCGCAAACAACAAGAACGCCUUCUACCCGAACCCAUGCGCUGUUGACCAACGGAGGGAGUAUCUCCGUCAAGCGGGAAUACCGGAGGCCUCGGAAGAAUGGCGAGAUAGCGUCGCCGACCUGCUACGGCAGUACGAGUUUCUGGGCCGCAUCAUCGGCAAAUGCAUGUACGAGGGGAUCCUGAUCGACAUCGCCUUCGCCGGCUUCUUCCUGCUCAAGUGGUCGUCGUCGGGUUCCGACGCGCCCUACCGUGCCAGCAUCAACGACCUGCGCGAGAUGGACGACGAGCUGUAUCAGGGUAUGCUGCGACUGAAGAACUACCCCGGCGACGUCGCCGCGCUGGCCCUCGAUUUCACCAUCAACGACCAGACCUCACUGCCAGGCGAACCCGUGCGCACCAUCACCCGCGAUCUCAUGCCCAACAGGGGGGACAUGCCCGUCACCAACGAGAACCGGCCCCUGUAUAUCAGCUACGUGGCGCGCCACCGGCUCGCGGCGCAGCCGUCGCGGCAGACGACCGCCUUCCUGCGCGGCCUCGGCGCCAUCAUCGACCCGGCCUGGCUCAGCAUGUUCAACCAGAGCGAGCUGCAGCGGCUCGUCGGGGGCGACCCGUCCGAGAUCGACGUCGAGGACCUGCGCGCGCACACCGUCUACAGCGGCGUCUACGCCUUUGGCGACGACGGCGAGGAGCACCCGACCAUCCGGCUCUUCUGGGACGUGAUGCGCGGCCUCGACGACGCCCAGCGCCGCGACGUGCUCAAGUACGUCACCAGCACCCCGCGCGCCCCCUUGCUCGGCUUCGGCCAGCUGAGCCCCAGCUUCAGCAUCCGCGACGGCGGCCUCGACCAGGAGAGGCUGCCCAGCGCCAGCACCUGCGUCAACCUGCUCAAGCUGCCGCAGUACCGCUCCGCCGCCGUGCUCAGGAGCAAGCUGCUCUAUGCCGUCACCAGCGGGGCCGGGUUUGAUUUGAGCUGA